AUGUUUAAUUUAAUUGAAUAAUAAUACUUAGAAAGUGAAAAGGUAUUUGAUAUUAAGAUUAAUUAAAAGAGUGAUUAUUAUUAAAAAAAUAAACUAACUAAAAAGCAAAGGAAGAAAAGCAAAGAAAUUGUAUUAAAAAUUAAGAAUAGCAAUAGAGCUAAGAAUUUGAUGUAUUUUUCGAAGGGCAAAACACAGUCUGCUUAGUCGAGCAUGACCGACUUGGGAAACCCUAAUCCUACUCCAGCUAGACCGCAAUCUGCUAUUUAAAAAAAUUUGUUUAACUACAAUAUUUAUUUCAGCGAGCGUAAUCAAGCAUAGCAAUAGUAGUCGUAAGUUGCACAAUCUUAAUCACAAGCAAAUCUGUUAAAUGCAUAAAUUUAAAAUUCGAAUUACUCAUCUUUGAAUAAUCAAAAUUAUUAUAAUGGAUAGCAAGGUAAGAACAACCUUUCUCUCAAUUAAUUUCAAAUAAAUGCUUCAAAUCAAGGAUUAGCUUAAAUGUAGCAUAAUUAGCAUCGUCAUUUGAAGAGUUUAAAUAAUCGAGGAGCAGGUUAAGGAGGGAUGAGAGUUUUGAUGUAGCAUUCAAACAAUAAGUUUAAGCCUUUAUCAAUUCCGAUUGCUAUUCCCAAAUAGCUAAAUGGAAGUCAAUCAGCGCAGAAUUUUGGUUAAAAAAGAUCAGUGACUCGCAUUAAGUUAGUGGGAUAUUCAGGCGAUCCAGAGUUUUAAAUGAUAAAAGACACUUCUGAAAAGAUAAUGCAGGCAAAUGAUGGAAUGCUGAUAGUAAAUACAGAUGAAAUUGAUAAUGAAAUAGAUUAUGACUUGAAAUUAAAGCAGCUUAAAAGGAGUUCUUCUGCAUUUUUGCCUGCUUAUUAAGCCUUUAAAAGUAGCAAUAACAUCAUCAGCAACGCUCUUUCUCAGAAUAACAAUAAUGGCAAUAGCAGUAAUUAAGCUUAACCACCAGCAGGCUCUUUUUAGAAUUAGUUAAUAAGCGUAAAUUCAGCUUCUAACUUUAAGAGACCAUACUAUUUCUUGACUGACAAGAAUGAGCCUCUAUUUUCCUUGAAAUAACUGUAAGAAAAAUAUCCUUUGAAGCACAAGGCCAAGGAAAUUAUUGAAAUGCACGAAGAAUUGCAAUAAAAUUUUGGGAAAUUAGUAUUUAAUAGAGGCAAUAUGGGAAGCAGCGAUAAUUUUAUGCCUUCCCUGCAAUCAAUUUAUCCUAACUUAGGAGAUUUGGGACGCUUUAAUAAUGGAAAUGGAAACUCGCAUAAUAAUAUGCCUUCUUACAACUCUUUUACUACUUUAUCUUCUACCCAAUCAACAACUAGAACAGCAUUUAGUCUUCAUCCAAGUUAGAACUAAAUUAUUGACGAUAUGAGCGAAAAGAGAUAUGUGUAUCUUUCUAUCAGAACAGCUUAAAAGUUCUUUGCAAGAGAGUCAUCUCUACCUUCGACUUUUUUUCCUUUCGCAGGAAACGAAUAAUAGUAAUAGAAUGUAAGCUCUAAAAAGGGAAAUGAGUAAUCUAGUUUAUAGCUGGAAACUAAAAUAUCAAACGAGAACUAGUUAGAAAAUCUACAACUUUAAAAUGAAAAUAGCAACAAUUAAAAUAAUUAAUGGACUCAAAAUUAGACUAUCCUUUAUAAUAAUGGAGAACCAUUUAAGCUGAUAAUAGAACUUUAUACAAAAAUAGCUCCAAAAGCAUGCGAAAAUUUCAUCAAAUUAUGUGAAGGUUUUAUCAGUAACGAAGGAAAUUAUUUAACUUUUAGAAACACAUAAGCGUUGAGAAUAAAAAAGAAUGGAUAUAUUCAAAUGGGAUAUGCCAAACCGGGAGUUUCAAUUUAUAAUGGUUACUUCGAAGAUGAGUCUUUUGCAAUUUAGCACGAUAAGCCAGGCAUUAUUGGUUAUUGUAACAGAGGCGUUCCACACUCUAACAGUAGCUAAUUUUAUAUCACUCUAGGAGAAAUGAAAUCAUUUGAUAAAAAAAUGGUAGCUUUUGGUAGAGUAAUCAGCGGAUUCAAGCAUCUUGAAAAAUUGAAUAAAAUGACACUAAAUAUUUCUUCAGACAUUCCUCCAUUCAGCAUAAAUAUAUGCGACUCAGGAGUAGUCGUAGGCCGUCCGUCGACCAAUUAAUCUAGAAAGUCAACCAGCUCAAAUAUCUCAGGAAUAGGAAUGAGAUCACCGAAAAGCGGAAGAAAUGAUCCACUUUAAUUUGGAGAUAUUGAUCACAUCUUAGACGAUGACAGUUACAGAGUUGUAAGACCUGAUGUUUUCUUCUAUAAAGGAGAAAAACCUGUUAAAUUGCAUACUUACGAGUAAUAUGUUAUAUAAGAAGCAGAUAAACACAAAGAAGUAGCUGCAGUUGAAUAUAUUUCUUUGAUGUUAGCUUUUUAGAGCAUAGCACUUUAAUGCUAAGAAUUAUUAACACAUUCUUAUGCUUAUAAAAACAUAAAUGAUUUGAGAGUAGAAAUGAAGAAUACUUUUGUUAAGCUUCUCAGUGAAUGUUAGUCUGUUGCCUUGCUUUAUGAUACCAAAGACGAUGAAGUUUUCAUAGAAUCUAAUUAUGGAAAAUUUGUAGUUGCUUUCACUUCCUUAGACGUAGAUCACUUAUAUGAUUUGAAUAAUUGCGGAUCCCUAUUCGUUAUUUACAGAAAAACAACUACUUCCUUUAGACCUGCAAAAAGAACAGACUUGUUGCAAAGUGGUGAGAAUAUUUAUGGAGCUGGUUAUAUAAUGUAUGGCUAGUCAACAUAAAUUGUAUUCCACACAGGUCAUCGUCUCAACGGAUUUACAUAUGAUCCAGAAGACAACUUAUUUGUGCUUACACACCCUAGAAUCAAAGCAUCUAAGAGAGGAGGAAUUAUCUCAUGUGAUGAAUCAGUACUUCAUCUCUCUGACGAAAAUAUAUCUAAAUUCAUAAAAAGAAAGAAAAUUUCAAAAGAAUCCUAUGUUUGCAGAUAUGUUGGAAGUAGAGUUGCUGAUUUCCAUAGGACUCUUCUUUAUGGUGGUAUUGUGAUCUUUCCUCAAAAUAAUGUCAACAUUUUUGAUGCUUUUACUCUUAGUUAUAUAAUUGAUAAGGCUUGGGAUAGAUCAAGCUGUGGCCAAGAUGGUUAAGUUCUUAUCAAAAAGCCUAAUGAACUAACAGAUUAGAUUUAACUUUAUAUUGGAUUCAGCUAAGAUGUUUUGGAAAUAGAUAACUUGUAUCUAUCGAUCAGGAGAAAGAAUUCACUUUACAAAAUACAUGAAAUACCUUCUUCAAAAACAAUAAAAUCAUCCUACUCAAUACAUAAAUCAUCUAUAAACUCUCCAUCUAAAAAUUAAUAACCCAUGUUGUUUUAAUGA